AUGGAGGAAACAAAAAACUACAUCUCCCAGAAUUCCUAUUUUUGGAAGUGCGUGAUGACGCCCUGCGAAAGUGAAGGCUAAACAUCGGUUGUUCACCAGCCGGGCUUGGACAGAAAACAAAAUAAUAACACACAAGGUUGUCGUGAUUGGUAAUGGACCAGGAGGAGGAAAGGAAGCAAAUUAACUCCAAAAAGCCAGACAGGGCACUUUAUGUCCCUAGAAGGCAGCAAGCGAAUGGGGAGCAGGAGAAGAAAGGAGAGCUGCUGAAGGAAGGGGCCCUACGCCCCUCUACUAGUGAGGAGCCCAAGAGGCAGGCUCAAAGCAAGACUAGAGCAAGGCCCCUUGAGGUUAGUGGGUCAGCGAGUGGGGAAAAGCAGAGGGAGAGGAAAGGGAGGCAGGUCAAGGAUAAGGGGAAAAAGGGUAACAUGAGUACUGGGGGAAGCAAAAUGAAAAGGGACAGGGAAGGUAGUGAAAGUCAGAAGCAACUGGAUGGUGAGAGAGAGGUGAGUCAGGGGAUUAGCGAUGGGGAGAAAAAAACAGAAACAAGGGAAGACACAGGAAAUCGAGGGAUAGCAGAUAAAGAGGGAGAGGCAGGAAAUAAAAUAAAUGAUUUGGAUCCUUUGGAACACCUUGUCUUGGGCGGACCUCAGAGCUGUUCUCAUGAGGAAAACAUGCAGGCCAUCCAAACUGAAGUCUGUGUUUCUAAAUCUGGCCCCCUUGGUGAAGCUGUAGGUAACGGGCUGUUCGAGACAGAGUCUGGUAUGGGUGUGACAGUGAAGGGGCCCUUAGCAGUGAGUGCAGGUCAGGAAGAGGAUGCCUGCCCUGGGACAGGGCUGGGAGAAGGACAAGGUGAAGGGGUGAAGAGUAACACAUACACAGAGAACACAACACCUUCCCAAGGUACCCCUGAUUGUUCCAGCACAGAAGGGACAGGCUUGCAGACUGAGGAGACUUGGUAUGUUGAGAAGGUACUGAAUGGAGACUCGGGAACCUUGGAACAUUCUAUCAGUACAGCAUUAAGAGAGGAUCCCAGUGACCAGGAGUCAGACAGCUGGGACACCCUAUUUAACGACAAGGGAGAUUGCCUGGACCCCCAUCUACUGGAGGAGAUAUCACAAGAUCAGGGGAAGGUAAAGAAGUCCAUCCAGGAGCCCAGAUUUGAUUAUUACAACUGGGCAGUCGAAUCCGAGGUGGAGCUCAGAGAGGAUGAGUUGUCCCACAUCGUUGAGAUCUACGAGUUCCCUUCAGAGUUCAAAACCGAGGAUCUGCUCCGAACUUUCAACAGCUUCCAGCAAAAGGGGUUUGAUAUUCAAUGGGUGGAUGACACUCAUGCACUGGGACUCUUCUCCAGCCCCAUAGCCGCACGAGACGCCCUGAGAACAAAACACCCGUUGCUGAAGGUCCGCCCACUGUCACAGGCGUCCGCUGCGACGAAAGCUAAGGCCAGGGGAUGUUCAGAUUACCUCCUGCCUGCAAAGGAGCGCCCCAAGACCAGUGCAGCUCUGGCCAGAAGGCUGGUUAUUGGGGCGCUGGGCGUGCGGAGCCCCCAGAGCCGAGAAGAUAGGGAUGCAGAGAAGAGGAAACUGCAGGAAGCCCGUGAACAAAAGCGAUUGGUGGCCAAACAGCGUGAGGAUGCUUGGGAGGGAAAAUGACUGAGCAUUUUAUACAUGACCGAUUGUUGGUGAGAGAUCAGCAGCAUUAUAUAUGGUGCAUCGAAUUCAGCUGGAUAUGCCCUUAUUUGAAGAUAUUUAACAGGGCACCCAUAUUGAGCAGACAUGCUCUCUUCUAGAGAGGCCCAGUUUCCAUGCUGGGAAUUUGUCUCGGACACUGCCAUGGAUAUUUGAGCCAGUGACAGAUGAUGUAUAGCAUUCUCUCCUGAUGCUGUGUGGAACCGAAGGUAUUCACACAAGAUAGCGUCUUUUUCUGAAGCUGAAUGUUCAACUGAAUGUUUAUAUACAUCUUUAAGUAGACACAUGUUUGCUGAGAGGUCUGUAAUGCUGGGAAUUAUACAGGCAGGAGGCUUUCGAGUUUCAAAGUUAACUAAACUCAACCUGAGAGUUACUAAAAAGCAAUCGACAGAAAAAAAAGUUUUGUUUGAUUUUAAUAUCACCUACUUUUUUUUUUUUUUUUUAAUUGUCAAUUAAACAUCACUCCGUUCAUGUUUGGAGGAGCCCAUCUGUCCCUGUGUAUAUGCAUACGUACUUAUGUCAUAGUUACAUUUUUACAUGCACAUACAGUGCCCCCUCGUUAGAAGGCAGCCCUUUACACCACAGAACAGUUUAUAAGUUGGUAUAGUCAUGGCUCCUUUUUUCCCCUUGAUGCUAUUACACUGGCACUUGUAAUCUCAUUGUAAGGUAGAACACAAAUUGCAUGGCCUCUUAGCUCUGGCUCCCAACUACAGCAUUAUAAAGAGUGUGGCCUGUACUUUGAAUGUAGGUCAUGGUAAUCUGCCUUUUCACGUUACUGAUAGUUCUAAUUUUGUAUUUACAGUGGUGGCGGUGGAUCUGUAUAUUACAGAAAUUAUAAUACAAGUUGUAGAAAUUAUAAAAACUGUUGCAAUAAAAGUUAGCCCCAUUUUUUAUGUCUUGGCCUCUUUAAUAAAUAUUUUUGAACAAGCUUU